GCCUUUUCUGAUGCCAUUAAAAAAUGGCAGGAGCUCUCACCAGAAACCAGUGGAAAAAGGAAAAAGAGGAAAGAAAUGAAUCAGUAUUCUUACAUAGAUUUCAAAUUUGAACAAGGUGACAUAAAAAUAGAAAAGCGGAUGUUCUUUCUGGAAAACAAGCGGCGACAUUGUAGGUCCUAUGAUCGACGGGCCCUCCUUCCAGCUGUGCAGCAAGAACAAGAGUUCUAUGAGCAGAAAAUCAAAGAGAUGGCAGAGCAUGAAGACUUCUUGCUUGCCCUGCAGAUGAAUGAAGAACAGUAUCAAAAGGAUGGCCAGCUGAUUGAGUGCCGUUGCUGCUAUGGGGAAUUUCCAUUUGAGGAGCUGACACAGUGUGCCGAUGCUCACUUGUUCUGUAAAGAGUGUCUCAUCAGAUACGCCCAAGAGGCAGUCUUCGGAUCUGGAAAGUCAGAGCUCAGCUGCAUGGAGGGGAGUUGCACAUGUUCGUUCCCAACCAGUGAACUGGAGAAGGUUCUUCCCCAAACCAUCCUGUACAAAUACUAUGAGCGAAAAGCUGAAGAAGAAGUUGCUGCGGCCUAUGCUGAUGAGCUUGUCAGGUGCCCCUCCUGCAGCUUUCCUGCUCUGCUGGACAGUGAUGUGAAGAGGUUCAGCUGUCCUAAUCCACGCUGUCGGAAGGAGACCUGUAGGAAGUGUCAGGGGCUCUGGAAAGAACAUAAUGGCCUCACUUGUGAAGAGCUGGCUGAAAAGGAUGACAUCAAGUACCGAACAUCUAUUGAAGAAAAAAUGACUGCUGCACGCAUUAGAAAAUGCCACAAGUGUGGGACUGGCCUCAUCAAAUCCGAAGGCUGUAACCGCAUGUCUUGCCGCUGUGGUGCCCAAAUGUGCUACCUCUGUCGAGUGCCUAUCAAUGGCUAUGACCAUUUCUGCCAGCAUCCUCGCUCACCAGGAGCUCCUUGCCAGGAGUGCACCAGGUGUUCCCUAUGGACAGACCCCACUGAAGAUGAUGAGAAACUAAUUGAGGAAAUCCAGAAGGAGGCAGAAGAGGAGCAAAAAAAAAAGAACGGAGAGAACACUUUCAAACGCAUUGGACCCCCACUGGAGAAGCCCCCCGAGAAAGUGCAGCGGAUGGAAGCCCUCCCUCGGCCUGUGCCCCAGAACCUGCACCCACCACAGAUGCCACCCUAUGCCUUUGUGCACCCACCCUUCCCCCUGCCACCCGUGCGGCCUGUCUUCAACAACUUCCCGCUCAACAUGGGCCCUGUCCCGGCACCCUACGUGCCCCCUCUGCCCAAUGUGCGGGUCAACUACGACUUCGGCCCCAUGCACGUGCCCCUGGAGCACAACCUGCCCAUGCACUUUGGCCCCCAGCCUCGGCAUCGCUUCUGACACAGGGCCCUGUUGGCCCUGCUGAGCUCUGAGCCUCUGUAUGACAGAGGACCCCACCCUGACCCGCCUUACCCUGUGCUGCCCUGCCUUCUGCAUAGAGUGGUGGUUCCCUGGGGUACCUUGAGGGCGGGCUGGUCGUCCUCCUGCGCCUUCCUCGGGAAGGGCCGCUUGCCUCUCAAAGGCAGGUGCCCUCUGGGUGCCUGUAAGGGGACCAGUCUGGCUUUCUCUAGGCCAGAGACAAGGGAGCCUUCCUCCCUAGUUCUGCCUUCCUGGGGCUGGCAUGGGCCUGACCGUGCUGCCUCUCUGUCCCCUGCAGAAAGAGAUGGAGAGGAAGUUGUUUGGCCCCGUCUUUUCCCCUAGCAGAUAUCAGAGGCCCCUCAGAAUCAGGCACCACACAGGCCUGCUUGACUACAGCAACUGGUUCCGUAUUAAAGACUAAGUACCAAACAGUGGCAUUGGUAGAGAGCUGACAGAGCUGAACUGCCACCCACAGGUCUCCCUUGAAGCCUGGAGGCCUGCAUCCUGCCCCCCCACAGGCUAGAGUUUGUGUGGCCCAGCUGAAGAGGGAGCAGAGCCAUGUCCCAGGGCACUGCCACAGCAUGGAGCCCAUGCUGUAUGGCACCCAUUCAGGUCAGGAAUGCCGGGGGUUUAGUUUGUUGUUGUCUACAGAGUUUCCUCCUGUUCACACGCUUUGAUGCAGUUUUCUGUGGCUGCCCACAGCUUUUCUCAGUCUCUGGGAAGCCAGACUAAAAUCCGUUGCCCCACACCAGGCAGCUUCUGAGGGCCAAGUGGUUCUAACACUUGAACCAAACAAGAGGUCUUUUUCUCAGUUACCCUCACAGGCCUCCGGGCUGCCCACUGCCACCAGGUGGGUGAUGAAUAAGGUAUUCUGGGGCUUCCUUCCCUAGAGAUGCAGACGCCCCUGUCACUCAGCCCUCCAUCCCACCUGACCACACCUUCUCUCAGUAGCUAGCAGUGGGGGAGGUAGAGGGUGGGUCCUGGCACAGGGGUGAGGGUAAUUGCCUCUGAGGUCAAUGAGAGUCAAGGUCCCUGCCAUGAUCCCACUGCCCGUGUCACCUGUCCGGCUCAGGUCUUUGCACACUGAAGGCAUCUCUAUACCCUGUUGGCCAAGCAGAGGCCCAAAGUUUCCACCUGCUGAACUGGAACCAAGCCGUACAGGCAGGACAGGGUCACUUUCUCACCCUGUGUGGGCCACCCUUGGCCGUUCAGAGCAUAGAUCUCAGUUGAAAGACGCCAUCACCCUGCCAUCUGCUUGUCAGUGUCCUUCAGGGAUUCGAAUAGGAGAAAAGAUCACCUGGGCGUGGGUUGGAGCAUGGGAGUGGCUCAUCUGAAUGAUGGUGCCUUGGAAAGGUGGGCCGCACGCCAUGGCAAGAGCCCUAAGUACCUUAAACAGUAGCACACUGUUAUCUGCUCCUCCCCUGGGAGCAGAGGGAAGCUGCCAGCCACACAGAUGGGAAGGUGACACCUAGGGACUGAGGCUGGACCAGGAAGCUAGCUGCCCCAGGCAGGUGGCACUCAGACCCUGGCUUGGGGAGGGCAGGGUGCAAUGAAGUCCCACCUAAAGCCAACCCAGGGCUGUCCUUCGAGCCUCUUCUAGCCCUGACCACACGUGGCUGGGGGGAGGGGGUUGCUGACCAUUUCCAUCAGGUGUGGUUCCCGUGAUCCUCCUGAGCUGGCCUACAGCACUGUCCCCAGAGCUGCAUACUAGCACAAGAACCCUGGCAUCCAGAGAGGCCCUUGGCCUUCCCUGUGCCUCUGCCCAGCCAGCACAGUGCCAGAGCCCAAGGACCAGCCGCUGACAGGCCCAGCAGGGGUCCCCAAGGCAGAUUGGUACCUUAACCUCUGGGACCUAGGCUGCUCCCAGGGCAAGACUACCUGCCACUGUCCCAUCUAUUUGCCUUAAGACUGGAGAGGGAUCCUAGUGUCUGCACUCAGCAAAGGAUUUCACCCUGAAGGUCAGUGUGCAUGGCCUGUCACUGUAUGAUCAAGCUAUCGGUUAACUGUUUCUUUACAUUCUGGUAGUAAAAAUAGGUAAUAUAAAUCUGUUUAAACUGCUGUGUGUAAAAAUCCUGUACCAUAUGUAACUUUGACUUUCUGUAAAUAAAUGUUUGUGCACUCUUCUCCCUCUGGCUUUGUUUCUCCUGGAGCCCACAGGGCCCUCACAGUGGGCAGAUCCAAGUCAAGGUCACUGCCUCCCAAGAGGAAGGACUCAGGCAAGAUCCAUUAGGGUGUCUGAGGAGCCUGACCUCCUUGGGUGGCUACCAAGACUCACAUCACAAAGCUUUUGUUUUUUAGGAUUUUCGCACACAGUCCCCUAUAGGGAAACUACAGACAUAAACCCUGGAACUGGGGUGCUAAGGAAACGGGGCAUGGUGGCUGGAUGGGUGUGGAGCUGCAGCUGCUGGCACUCUGUGCACGACACUGGCAGCCCAGCCUCUUCCCCAGAGUUCCCUGGGGCUGCUAGCCAGACCAGGGUGGCAUUGGCUCUAUGAGUAGGGGGAGGGUGGGGGAGGACAUCUGGCCAUGGGGAACCUGG